AUGGUACGAAACCAUGCAUUAUCCUCUUGCGCUACGCUGCUCGCCGCCGCCGCCAUUGGGGCCUCCGCACUUCCAUCAUAUUCCUUAGACGAAAUAGCUUCUGGCAACGUAUUCAGCUUUCCCGUUGGCUACUCGAACAUCGCCAAGGACGACUUUUAUCCCAUCGUCAACGUCACCUUCGACGGACAGACUCUCCCCGUCCUCCUCGACACAGGUUCGGGCGACCUCUUCGUAGCCAGCGACAGGUGUAAUGUCGUUGACGUACAGAGCGGCUGCUAUCUGGCCCAGACGUACAAGAUUACGAAAUCUACGAAACUUCUCAAUGAGACUUUCGGCACUGUGGUGGGCCUCGGGACCGUGUCUGGAACGGACAGUUUUCAGAAGGUCUCAGUGGGUGGGAAGACGAUUCUGAAUCAAUUGGCCGUUCCUCUCGUUAACUUCUCGGGCAGCGCAGGCGAAUUCCAAGACGGUCAGUUCUCCGGUAUCUGGGGCCUGAACACCCGCAACGUAUCCCGCAACUGGUACUUCAACCAGCGACUUCCGUUCAUGGACACUCUGCUGGCGCAGGGGAAGUUGGCAAAGCCGCUGUUCUCGCUCACAUUCCCUCGUCGUUAUGAUCCAGACUCCAUCAAGGGAUCUCUCACGAUUGGCGGGAUUGAGAAUAUCCCAGCCGCAUCGAAGGUGACGUACAGCGAUAUGAUUGAUACUCUGAACUACAACUACGACCCUCCAGUCCUCGCCCCGCAAGGCUGGACAGUCCAAAUACAAGCCAUCCGCGUCAACGGCAAGACAAUCCCAGUCAGCAAAGGCGACCUAGACCCAGCAGGCCGCUACCUCUCCCUAAUCGACAGCGGCAGCUCACGCCUCCUCUUCCGCCGCCCCGAAUUCGAGAAAAUCGCCGCAGCCUUUACCGGAAAGACGGUCAUCAACCCAGACCAGGAUAUCUACUUCGACUGUUCCAUCCCGCAACUCAUCGAGCUGAAGUACCACGACACCUGGUUCCCCAUCGACCCCCUCGACAUGAUCGUUUCGGACGACCAUGGCAUCGUCAACGGGACGGAGCUCUGCCACGCCCCUAUCAGUACCUGGGACCGUACAUUUGGCGAUUCGAUCAUCGGGCCUACGUUCUUGAAAAAUGCUGUCUCCGUGUUUGACUAUGUCGGUAAUGAUGCUUUGGCUCAGCAGCCGCGUUUGGGGUUGGCGCCUUUGACGGAUGCGGCGGCGGCGGUGAAGCGGUAUUCGUCGCUGUACCAGCAGCGGCUCGUGUAA